CCUAGCUGGAGUGGGUGGUAAAGCGGCAAGAUGGGCUUUUUCGAUCGAAAGACGAUACCUUUGCUAGUGAUAAUAGUGGGUUUAUCGGCUGCGCUGAUAGCCGUGUGUAUCGACGCGUACGCAGGUGAUUCGAAUGAUGACGAGCGUCCGAAGGUGCCGGAUGAUGUGAAGCUGGACUGUGAACGACCCUCGGUAACGACGGCCAGUGGUAAUCUGGUCAAAAGUACCGUAUUCUGUCCCGGUGAUUUGAUAUUCGAGGAUAACUUUGAUCAUCUGGAUCUGCAAAAGUGGGAACACGAGCACACGCUUGGCGGUGGCGGUAACUGGGAGUUCCAGUACUAUCUCAACAACCGAAGGAAUUCGUUCGUCAAGGAUGGUAUCUUCUUCAUUCGCCCAACGCUGAUGGCGGACGACUUUGGCGAGGCCUUCCUCUCGUCCGGACUGCUCAACAUUCACGGCGGUACACCAUACGAUUACUGUACCAAUCCGUCGAACUAUGGCUGCGAACGGCAAGGUAAUCCGACGAACUACAUCAACCCGAUCAAGAGUGCCCGCGUGCGCACGAUCCAGUCGUUCAAUUUCAAGUACGGUAAGCUCGAGAUCCGCGCCAAGAUACCGACCGGCGAGUGGCUGUGGCCCGCCCUGUGGCUGAUGCCCAAGAUGAACCAGUACGGUACGUGGCCGGCCUCGGGUGAGAUCGAUCUGAUGGAGAGCCGCGGUAACCUUGACUACACGGCAGGCGGCCAGCAAAUAGGCGUGGAGCACGUAGGAACGACGAUGCACUUUGGCCCGUAUCCCAGUCUGAAUGGUUACGAGGAGGCCAACGAGGGCAAAGUGGCACCGAAGGGACAGGGCUUCAACAAGGACUUCCAUUUGUACCAGCUCGAGUGGACACCGGACUUUAUAAAGUUCAGUGUCGACAAUGAACAGGUGAUGCUGCGUGAAGGCAACUUUUGGGAGCUUGGCCGAUUCGACGAGAGGGCACCCGGUGCCUUCAAUCCCUGGACAUCCGGUGGCAAGAUGGCUCCCUUCGAUCAGGAGUUUUACAUCCUCAUGAACGUGGCUGUCGGUGGUACGAACGGUUUCUUCCCCGACAAUGGCGUCAACGCUAACGGAAACAAACCGUGGCAAAACGAAUCACCAACAGCACCGCGUGACUUCUGGAACGCCCGCAACGACUGGCUGCCGUCCUGGAAACUGAACGAGAACAAUUCCAGCGAAGCCUCGCUGCAGGUGGAUUAUGUUCGGGUCUGGGCUUUGUAG